AUGUCGGAUCACGAGGCUGCAGAGGCCGCACCGAUCGCAGCUGCGCCUGCUGCCUCAGAGGAGCAAGUGGCAUCCCCCGGAUCAGAAGUUGCUGCACCUCAAGCGCCCAAAGCGCCGGCAGACAAUCUGGAGGACGCCCUGUUUGGCGACGACGACGAGGAUGAAGAGGAGCAGGUGAAGCCUGCCUCGAGGAGCAGCGCGCCAAAGGACGACGAUGCAACGCAGAUUACUGCAAAUGGUGCUGACGAUGAUGACGACGAGGAUGACGAAGACGAAGGAAUCCGCCGCAACGUGCGCCGAUCCAGGCAGCAACGCGUGGCCUCGGCUUCGGCCUCUCCACCCCCCGCCGGCGCCAAUGGUCUCGCCGCACCGCCCCCGCUCGACCCCUCUUCGCCUGCUCGUCGGUCCGACCGCUCAUCUCGCAGCGGCAGCCCGUACGGCCGCGAUGGCUCGCAGGACAUGGACGAUGCCGCGCUGCGUCAGCUCGAGUACAAGGAGGACGAGGACGAAGAGCUGCAGCCCGACGACAACAUCGAGGUGGCGCAGCUCGCCCUGCCGCAGUUACCCGUGCGUCACACCAAGGAGCACUGGCUCGCCAGGAUACCCCACUUCCUGCGCUACGUCACCACGCCCUUUGAGCCCGACUCGUGGGACGAGGAGCAAGAGGAGGACAUGCUGCGCGACGAGGGCUUCAACUCGGGCUUUGCGCACGACGAGGGCGCCACCAGUCUGCUGCGCACCUCCAACACCAUCCGAUGGAGGUACACCGACGAGCUCGACCAAGACGGCGCGCGCGUGCCCGAGUCCAACGCACGCAUCGUCCGCUGGAGCGACGGCACCAUGUCGCUCCAGGUCGGCAGCGAGCUGUUCGACAUUACGCAGCAGACCGAAAAGGGUCGCGUCUCGGUGGCCAACACGGGUGCCAACACGCCGCAGCUGGGCGCCAGCUCGCAGUCUGCAGGUCCGUCGUCGUCGCAGCAGCUGCUGAGCCAGGCCACGCAGAGCGUGCCUAUGGGUUCGAGUGGUUCGACCAACCGUCCGGCGCAGAGUCUGUCGUACCUCGUGGUACCCCACGAGGCCGAGCAGGUCAUGGAGGCUCAGGGUCCCAUCGCGGGCUCGCUUGCCUUCACACCGGCAGACACGCAGUCCGAGACGCACCGUAGGAUCGCCAAGGCGCUGCGAUUCCAGAAGACUGCACGUGUGGUGGCCACCGCCGCGGGCGAAGGAGCGCUCGACCCGGAGAUCGAAAAGGCGCGCAUCGAAAAGGAGCUCAAAGACGCCGAGAAGAAGCGCGUGCGCGAGCGCCAGAAGGCUGACCGCAAGAGCGGCAAAUUCGACGACGACAUGUUUGACAUCGAGUCGCGCAGAAGGAGUCGCUACGUUGGCGGCCGUAAGCUCGGCGCAGGUCCGCGCAAUGCCGACUACUACAGCGACGACAGCGAUCUCGGCGGCGGUGCGGAUGAUGUGGGUGGUCGUGGCGGCAGUAAGCGCGCAGCAGCCUCUCAGCGAUAUGCCGAAGACGACGAUGACGGCUUCAUUGUCGAUGACGAAGGCGAUGAUGACGAUGACGAUGGCCAGCGUGCGGGUCGCCGCAAGAAGAAGAGGAGCUCGGAUGAUGAGGAUGGCAUGGAGGUCGACGACGAGCCCGACGAGAUGGAGCUUGCAGAACAGAAGAUCGAGGAGGCAGAGCGGGCGCGUAAGCGCGCAGCUGCCGGCGAGUCAAAGGACAAGCCUCGCAGACCAGAACCCUCCUUCUCCUCGGACGAAGACGACCAGGACAACGACGACGCUGCCAACCAAGCCAUCGUCAAGAAGAAGCGGAUCGUCGAAAGCGACGAAGAGUGA